AUGAAGCCGCCUUUGGUCUUGAGCUGUAGUGAAAGGUUUUUAUGCAGGGUGUGCCAAAACAGAGCAGGGACUUUGCCUUUGCAUUCACCACUGUGCACGGGAAGUUUUGCACUGGUCCAACUGGUUGUUGCCGUGUCAUCUCACCUUAUCGCUGCAUGUGCGCGCAGGCCUCGUAAUAUUUGCAGAAAGUAUGGAGUCUCUGGCAGAGUUUGUUAUUAG